GAUACACCUGUACCUUUGUGUUCAGUGUUGUACCUGUCCUCCUCACCUGUCCUACUGUCCUCUGCAAAGACCAAGGUGUACGUGGGAAACCUGGGAACGGAGGCAGGUAAAGGAGAGCUGGAGUGGGCCUUGGGGUUCUAUGGGCCCCUCAGAACCGUCUGGAUCGCCAGGAACCCUCCAGGUUUCACCUUCGUGGAGUUUGAAGAUUCUGGAGACGCCGACGACGCUGUUAGAGGUUUGGAUGGAAAGGCGAUCCUCGGCAGUCGGGUUGGGGUCCAGCUCUGCAGCGGGACGCCUCGUCGUUCUCGGUUCGACCGUUGGACCCCAGCGAUAAAUAAACGCUACGAGGCCGGAGACAACGGUCGCUCCGCCUACGACUGUCACCGCUACAGUGGGCGGAGCUGGAGGAGCAGGUCUCAUAAUGGUUCCUGUGAGACUCUUGAAGGUUGUAGACCAUCAUUCAUCCGCCCCAAAAUACCGACGACUUCUAGAGUAACGCUUCUGUCAGGUCUCAGUCAGUGCCAUCAUCUGUAGAAAGGUUCUAGAUUGCCUAGAUCUACUAGACCGAGUCCACAGAGGGACGACCAGGUCCACAGAGGGACGACCAGGUCCACAGAGGGAUGACUGCAAAAGGUCCAGGUCCAGGUCCAGGUCCAGGUCCAGAGGGAGGCGGUUCUCCUGGAGCCAGAGCCAAAGGAGGAGGUCCUGACCCUGGUCCAGGUCCAGGUCCAGGUCCAGGUUCUAGUCCUGGUCCAGGUAACCUUUCUCUCUGUGACAGUCGGUCCUUGGGGAGUCCUGCUGCCGCCGACUGAACCUUCUGUUUCUGAGUUUUUGUAAAAACACACUUUGUUCUGUAGCGUCACACUUCCUCAUGAUUAUUGAUUAUUGAUUAAUUAUUAUUGAUUAAUGAUUGUUGAUUAUUAAUGACUGAUUAUUGAUUACUGAUUGAUGAUUGCUUAGUGAUUAUUGAUUAUUGAUUACUGAUUAUUGAUUACUGACUACUGAUGAUUGAUUACUGAUUAUUGGUUACUGAAUAUUGAUUACUGAUUAUUGGUCCUGAUCAGCAUGUCUGUCUGCAGCUGAUCACCUGAACACUCAAUAAAGAUUUAUACAAGAA